GUAUCUGUGUAGAGUCUGUCCUCUUGACACCGGUCAACGGCGAUAACAGGGAUGCCGAUUCCUCUGGAAAUGCCGAACAGAUUCGGAUUUUCCAGCCAGUAACCUGCUCAAAAUGAGGUUUAAAAGGAUUUAACGGACUAACGGACCCGCGGGCCUUGAAAAAGUGUUGGCCAUGCUCACGCGACCGCUCACGCUGACUGACGGUGACGACGGGGGGCGGAGCCUGGUGGGUGUGGCUCAACCUCCUGGUCACCCAUUGGCUGAUGGCCAGAUUCAAACAGAACCUCUUUCUGUCUCUUUUUCUCCUGGGCCUCCUUCUUCUGCUCCUCUUCCUCCUCUCCUUUAUCACAGCUCGUCUUUCAUUUCUCCUCCUGCACCUUCUGCCGUCUUCCCGCCUUCCUGUACCCCUCACAUUUCUUCCUCUUCUUCUCCUCUUCCUUCAUCCGUCUUAUCUACUCCUCCUCCUCCUUUUCCACCUCCUCCUGUCUCUUCACCUUCUCCUACAGCUCCUUCGGUUCUUCCUCCUGCUCCCCCUCCCUGCUGCUCCUGCUCCUCCUUCCUGCCUCGCCUCCUCUCAGCUCACCGGUUGGAGGUGCGGCGCCUCCUGCGAGGAGCUCUGGCCUCCCUCGGUCGUCGUCUGGAUGCUCUGGAGCGGAGGACCAGGAGGAUGACAAGGAAGAAGAGGAGCAGGCAGAGAGGAGGAGAACAAGGAGGAGCAACCUCCUCACCUGGAUUGGCUGUCUUCCACCUCAGAUCCACCUCCUCGUGUACCCCCGCCCACCUCUCACCUGUUACCACCUCCUCUUCAUCAUUUUCAUCAUCAUCAUCAGAAAGCGAGGACUCAACCAUACCUCCUCUUUCCUCUAGCUUGAGCCAGUCGGAUCAGAGGAGGAGGAGGAGCAGAGUAGAGGAGGAGGAGGGGGAGGGGGAGGAGAGGGAGAGAAAAAGGAGGAGGAAGAACCACAUAGGAAGAAGAAGAAAUGUUUCUCCAGAAAACAGAGAAGAAGGAAAAGAAGAGGGUGCUGGGAGGUUUGUGGGUCAGAUGGUGGUGUCCUUCAGAGGAGGAACAGAGGAGAAGGAAGUGCCGCUCACUCUGCACAGCUUCAACCACAGAACACACAGAAGAAGAGAGGAGGGGGGAACCAGCCAAUCAGAGAAGGCCUUGAGUGUCAUCAGGCAGAAUGGCUGCAGAGCAUCACUGCUGCUACACAGUUCGUCUUCCCAGAACGCCUUGCGUGACCUGCAGGCAGCCGACAGUGCUCAGACCUGCAGCCAAUCAGAGACACUCAGCCCCUCUUCAAGCCAAUGGCAGUUCUCUGUCUUCACCCCUCCCGAAAACCUCUCCUCCAACCACAAUGCUUUCUGCUUUCGGCUUUGCUCUUUCUCCUCCUUUAGCCCUGCCUCCAUGCUGCGGCUGUCAGCAGUUGCCGUGGACAUGAUGUCAGUGUCAGUGAGGGGCGGAGCUUGUGGGAGUCCCAUGAGGCCUCUGAAAGACUGGACAGCCCCACCCAGUCUGAGCAGCGACCACUGUUAUGUGCAGUCGCCUUCAGUGAGCCCAACUUUAUCUGCCCAGCGUCAGCAGCGGGCCAAUCACAGCUCUCGGAGCCUUCGUUUCCCACGACGACGGGCCCUGCCCCUGCCUUCAUGUUCAGCCAAUGGACUGUCUGUUGUGCUCCCCACUGGCCAGUCAGCAGCAGGCUCUGAGUUUCUCAGCACGAAUGGAGAGCGUGGUAAACGAGUCUCACAGAUACGCAUCCGCCGGGCAUCGCCACGUGAAACGCCACUCACACCAAUGGGACUGCCAAAGGUCAAAAGGUUGAAGAAAAAAGAGUUCAGUCUGGAGGAGAUUUACACCAACAAGAACUACAAAUCCCCCACCAACAACAGGAGUCUGGAGACAAUCUUUGAGGAGCCACGGGAGAAGGAUGGAGUACUGCUCUUGAUUGGCCAGCAGAGGAGGCGCAGAGUUCUUCUCUUUCCUGACUUCACUCAGCCCAGAAAGAGGAAGAGGCCGCAAGGGGCAGGACUUCCUGUUGUCACGUUGCCCAGGAAACGGGCAGUGGCCCGGCGACAUGGUCAUGGCGGCGUCUCCAGUGAUGACGAGUCAGAUCUGGAUGUGAUGCUGGUGGAACGACUGAGCGCACUCGAAGACUUCCUGACACAACAGGGGCUGGAUGUGUGAGCUGUGACAUCAUUUCCUGUCAGCUGAUUGAAGGCCAAAUAAACAGAGCUGCUAACAUGCCUGCUACUGCUGCAUUACCACA